AUGAUCAAUAAAUCAAUACAAUCUAAUAGAAACAUGAUUUCUUCUUAGAUUAGUAAAGUAGUUUUAAACAAAUAACAAAUUAAAGAACAUAAUGACUUGAUUAAACGUAAAACUUCCUAAAGAUAUCCAUUUAAAGAGGAAAUCAACCUUCAAAAAAGUAGUAACCACUUUAAUGGAAGGAAUUCUAUAGAUUGUUUAGAAUCAAUUUCUAAGUUCUAAACUAGUAAAAAAAUAAAAAGUCCUAAUGUUAUCAUCUCAAACAGAAAACUUUUUAUUUCAAGCAGAAAUAGUAAAAAAACAUAAGAAUCAGUAAGUCAAGAACCUAUGUUUAUUUAAUAAAGUAAAAAUAAAGUAAAUGAAUAUGGAUACAGAGUUGUCGUCAAUAGAACCAACAGAAUGUCAACUAUGUAGAUUGAGGAGGCUGUGACAUAAUAAUCUCCGAAAUUUAAUACAUAUAAAGAUCCUGAGACUUUCACUGAUUGGGUUGAAAAGAUUUAUGGAAGGUAAUGGUUUUGCUGA